AUGCACAGAGAGUCAAGGCUUGCUGGAGGAGUGAGUCGAGUACAAUGUGACAGAGACAGAUCACACCGUAUGGUGGAGGAACUGAUGAACAUGUACAACAGCGAGGUUGCUAACUAUCUUAUCUCUUCCCCACUGACUCAAGACCUCACCCCACUGAGGUGCCACGGUCCACCUGACCCUGAGCGUCUAAUUGAGUUUAGACAGAAAUAUCAGGCUUUAAUACCCCUCUCUCCUUUCCUGUCUCAUUGUUAUGAAAGUGACCCAGAGGAAUGUGAUGAUGUUAGCAUUAUAAAGCACCAAUCAUCCAACAACCAAUCAUCGCUUCAGUUUGAGGUCUUUAAUGGUGUUCUAAAAAAAAUGGAAGAAGCAACAAAGAAGAGAGACCACUUCACUCUACUGAAACUAAUGGCCUCCGAUGAUAUCCACCCAACUCUGAUCCCUGUGGAGAGAGAAUUCAGAGAACUGCUCAGCCAGGCUGACAAUCUGCGAUCUUGUUCCACAUUGAAGUCUAGAAUGGGCCACUUUGACCUGCAACUAGAUUCCUACACCAGGGCCUCUGCCCCCAUGAGACGAUAUGUCGACAUCAUCGUGCAGAGGCUUUUGCACUGUGUUCUUCAAGGAGAGAAUCAAGACACAAGCUAUACACAGGCUGAGAUUGACCAGUUCUGUGCUCUACAUGAUUUUGACCAGGCAUCAGACUACACCCUAGAUGUGGAAAUGCUAACUCAAAUAAACAAACAGUUUGUUGUACAUAUGGCUGUUGUCCACAAACUGUAUGAAGGUGGGCAUGAUUUCUGGAUCUCUUUUCCUCUUACUUCAAUAUUAAGAGAUCUUUCCAUCCUGUACAGACAUUUAAAAGUAGUGGAUCAACCCAAGUAUGACAAGGAACGCAAUACCAUGACACUACACUGGGAGAGAAGAGUGUACUCCUUCAUCAAAACAGAACAGAAUCCAGUCAAGACACUGGGCAGCAAAUACACCACUUGCUUUUCUAUGGAUACCUGGCAAAAUAUGAUGAGUGCUGUGCAAAAUAACAAUUGGGAUGAAACUGAACAAUGUCUGGAGGCCAUAAAGUCAGAGGCUGAUGAAAGGGAGAGAAUGAAUGCUGAAACAGAUGAACUCCACUUCAAAAAGCUGUCUCUAGAACUCAGGUUAGGAAAGGUCCUUCCAGUGCAAAUUGGAAUGGGCCCGGGUCAAACUCCUGAGGUACACCUGAUAAGCAUCAGCCCAGAGUUUGAGGUCUGUUUGGUGCACUCAGAAAGACCCACUACGUGCUUCUCUAAAUUGGCGCUUUAUCCAUCAAAGUCUGUGUAUGAAGACUGCAAUGAGUACCAGGAGAUAUGGGGGCGUAUUUGUAAAAUGGAUACGGCUCACAAUGCCUUAGCAGAGAACAACAGUAUAAUACUAGAGGGUGUGGAAUUAAAAUGGACAUCAGUGGAGCAGAAUGACUUGAAGGGACAUUUUCGGAUCUCCACGAACCAGAUAAAACAGUGGGCUUUAUGGUUUGAUCUUACGAACUGUUUCCUGUGCAUUCGACUCCGGAACCAGUUAGCAGAGGUAAUAAGCAAAGACACCAAGAAUGAGGAAGAAAAUGAGGCUAAAAGCGAGCAAUUCAGGGAAUUCUCUCUACAAGACCCACUGCCUUUCACAUGGGUAGCUCAUGGUGUGGCCAAUAGACCAAAAAAGAACAAAAAGAAGAAAGAUAAAGACAGUCCAAAGCCAACUAACGUCCAAGUUAAUUUUGAAAUCAAUCAUACUUCUAUGAACUAUACCCCACCACAGGUCUUUCACAAAAACACAAGAUUCACAGUGGAGGUUAUCCCCAAAAAAAUCCCUUAUGUGCUUGAAGAAAAUGCGGUUGCCAACUUGAAAUGUGCCAAUCAGCUGGUAAAAAAUAUUGCAGUUGGUAGAAAAAUUAUCCACACCAGCAAAAUCAUAAAAGUGGAAGCUAAAAGUAGAGAGACUCUUGCUGACGGUCAUAAACUAGGCCUGCCCCCUCUGAACACCAGUCAAAUGGAUGCAGUGAAGGAGGCCCUGCAGAGGGAAUUCACACUGAUCCAAGGCCCACCAGGGACUGGAAAAACAGUGGUUGGAGUCCACAUUGUUUACCAAUUUUUCCAGAGGAACCAACAAUAUGACAUGUUUACCUCACACACCAAUAGCCCACCGAAGAAAAGAGCUAUUCUAUACUGUGGGCCCUCCAACAAGUCGGUGGACAUUGUAGCUGAGCAGCUCCUGAAGUUGCAUAGAAACAAGGUUCUGAAGCCUAUGCGGGUAUACAGUGAGCAGAUGGAGAUGCUGGAGUUUCCGUACCCUGGCAGUGAUCUGAAGCUGUGCAAGAAAUCCCUUCGAGAAGAGAAGCCAAAAGGGGAACUCAGGUCAAUCUGUUUGAUGUAUGAAAUAAGAAACUCCAAAUCAAAUCCAUUUACAGAAGAGAUCAAAAGAUUUGAGGACAGCAUUAAGAAUGAACUUUUCACUGAAGAGGACCUUCAGGGAUAUAAAAAUGUCCUGAGAAAGGCUAAACUGCAUGAGUUGCGUAAGCAGGAUGUCAUCCUAUGCACGUGUGCAGCUGCCUUAAACCCAAACUUCAUCAAGGUCAUGGAUUUCCGACAGAUUCUCAUUGACGAGUGUGCCAUGGCAACAGAGCCGGAGGCCUUCAUUCCACUGGUGUCUCAUAAUCCCGAACAGAUUGUUCUGCUGGGUGAUCAUAAGCAACUACGGCCGAUUGUUGAAUGUCCUGCAGUGAAAGAGAUGGGUAAGCAGCGGUCCUUGUUUGAGCGGUACAUGGGGAAAGCACUGAUGCUGGAUACACAGUACAGAAUGCACGAGGGCAUCUGUGCCUUUCCCUCAGCUAUGUUUUAUGAGGGUCGUCUGAAGACUGGAGCUAAAAGACAAGUCUGCUACCUGAUGACCGAAGACAAGGAAGCAACUCCCAUCCUAUUUGGCCAUGUGCAGGCACCAGAAGAUAGUCUGGUUGUCUCGACAACCACUGGGAAUGAAAACUCAAAAACGAACCGAGUGGAAGCUGAACUAGCAGUUCGGAUUGCUGAACUCCUGAUAAAUAACUCAAAAGUUUUACCAGAUAGUAUUGCCAUUCUAACACCAUACAAUGCACAGGUGUCUGAAAUCAAUAGAAUUCUGGGAAUAUCUGGCAUUAAAAAUGUCACUGUAUGUACCAUCAUGAAGAGCCAAGGGAGUGAGUGGCCAUAUGUCAUCCUUUCUACUGUGCGCUCAUGUGAACCUUCAGUUCUGGAGACUCGUCCCAUGCGCAGUAAGUCCUGGCAGGGGAAACACCUGGGCUUCAUCACAGACCCCAACCAGGUGAACGUGGCCAUCACGCGGGCCCAGGACGGCCUAUGCAUUCUGGGUAACCGUCACCUUCUACGCUGCAAUGAGCUCUGGAAUUGCCUACUGACACAUUAUGAAAAGAAAGGAUGUGUAGUGGAUCCAGCUCAAGACAUUCAGGUGGCAGAGAUGGAAGACUUCUAAGCAAAAGAUAAGAGUGUGCUUCAGUGACCAUGAGAUGUAUACACUCAUUUCAAACAAACAAUGAAGCAAUCAAAAAGAGUUGUUUCUGAAUGGACCUGAUCACUAUUCAAUUUCCCAUGCCUGCUCUGAUUCCAAAAAGCACUUAUUGCACCUAGAUUUAGAUUUUUUAAUUUAAACAUCACCUCUCUUUAUCAUGAAUUUUAGCUUCCUUUUUACUUGUUACUGUUAAGUGAGGUUCAAACCAAGAUUUGCGACGAGAUUAGCUGCAACGUUGUAAACCUCGCAACUGAGACUAGACUUGUUGAAUACUUUGCGACUGCUUGCAACGACGUGCAACAUUUAAUUCACACCGCUGCAACUCCUUCUGCAAUGGUUUCAUCUCGUCAUGGAUCUUUGGUGUGAAUUGGGCCUUAAAAUCACAUUAAGCACAUGCAUAGAUCUUGUUCCUCAAUGUAAUGUCAUGUUUUAAACUGCACUGUUUUAAUAACAAAAAUAUAAAAUCACUGCUUAUACAUAUUGAUGUUCCUUACAAUAAUUGUUUACGGUGUAUAAGAUAAUAAAAGUUUGUUCAAUUGUUACAUUUAUAGACAACUGUGGUAUGAGGAAAAUAUUAUUUAUUUUGGAACAUAUUAUAGCUUGCCUUACAUAUAAAAUACAGCUAAAUUGUUCUUCCAUUCUUCUUUCUGUCCCUCAGUGUAUUUUUAAAGCCUCUGGUGCUCAUGAAAUAUCUUACCUCUUUAAAUGGGGAGAAAAGGUGUCUCAGACCAAAUAAUACACUGUUUCAGCAAAUCAGCAAGAAGGAGGUUUUAUGCUACAGCGAAGGGAGCAGUGCAUUGGAUUGGCUGAUUUUCAGUUUGCGUUAAUAGGCCUAGUAUAUUUGUGUUGUUGUGUAUUGAAAAACUUUACGCCAAAUACAUAAAUAAAUUAGCCUGGCAAGCCAAACUAUACAGAAUUGUAUAGUCUGAGGAAGGCAGAACGCCGAAACGUGUCUGUGUGAAUAAAUGGUGAUUAUGCAUAGUCUGGAGUGGGGCCAUUCACAGCUGAAGCCUGUGGGUGGGAUGAACCAGUGUCUUUCAAACUACUCUGCACGUAAUAGGCCAGCACUUGUGACCAAUCGUAGCCGGUCGGCAAAACGGCAAAUGGGUGGUUGACAUUUUAGAAUUUGUAUUGGAAUUCAUAAUUAUUCACUAAUGUCUUGUGUUAGCGACUAAAAUUGUUAUAUAGUGUGACAUGAAAGUUAUUGUGUGUAAAACUACAGUAUGAUGGGGUAUAUAUUUUUUUAUGUGAGUCAGUGUAGCAUAAUCUUCUACUGUAUCUUUACUUCACCAAGAUCUAGCAUUUCCUUGUGGAAAUGUAUUAUAUUUUACAGUAUAUUUAUUCAUCAAUACACAAAGUAGGGCAUUUGUCCCCAAUCUGUCAAUAAACUUCAUAUUAAUUUGGACAUAUCUUGAUACAAAAGAAAUAAA